CGAGAGCGAUUACUCGUUGCUGCGCCCGCAAUCCCAACCCAUUUCUUUACAGAAUACAAUACUGGGAAGAAGAGGAGAAGGGAAAACUAAACUAAAAACCGGCCAUCUCUUUGCGUGUGACUGCAAAGAAAAGUCUGCUGCCCCCGUGGGAAAGAGAGAGAGAGAGAGAGGAAGGAAGGAAGGAAGGCAACAGGACUGUUUCCCAGUCCAUCCUUCCAGUCCAAGAGCGGGGAUCCCGCUUGCAACACGCCGUGGUGAUGAUGAGACUCCUCUCCCGGCCGCCGGUUCUCCUGGGGCUGGCCCAGCUGCAGGCGUGCGUUUACUGGAGCUGCCUGCUGUGGCUGCCGGCGGGUGGGCUGCCGCAGAGGAACCCACCACCGCCUCCCCCACCAGCCGUGUGGAGGCAACGGAUUCAGUGGGAGAACAAUGGGCAGGUGUACAGCCUCCUCAGUGUGGGCUCCCAGUACCAGCCGCCGCUGCCCAGGCACAGCCAGGAGCCUGCACAGGGCGGACACGUCUUGCUCCUUAGGGGCAAUGGCACUUCCCCGCGCAGGGCGCCGCAGCAGGCGGCUCCUGCCGUCGACAGAGGCACCGCCGCCGCCGCCACCACCACCAGGAGGCCGGAGGCGCAACAUUGGUUCCAAGCCGGCUAUCAGCAGCCAGCCAGUCAUGGCGGCCAAAGAGGCCCCAGGACUCAAGCCGGCGGCAACUCACAGGUACGAACCCCGCGCCCCGAGAGCGCCCCCUCCAGGUCGGGCAACAGGAACAGCCCGCCUCCACUGAGCAACCUCCGCCGUGAAGAUGGCAUGGUGGGCGACGACCCCUACAACCCUUACAAGUACACGGACGACAACCCUUAUUACAACUACUAUGACACCUAUGAGCGGCCCCGGCAGAAUAGCCCCUACCGGCCCGGUUACGGCACCGGCUACUUCCAGUACGGUCUUCCUGACUUAGUGCCAGAUCCUUAUUACAUCCAGGCAUCCACCUAUGUGCAGAGGACAUCCAUGUACAACCUGAGGUGUGCUGCUGAAGAGAAUUGCUUGGCAAGCUCAGCUUACAGGUCAGAUGUCAGAGACUAUGAUAACAGAGUGCUUCUGAGAUUCCCUCAGAGAGUGAAAAAUCAAGGCACAUCAGAUUUCUUGCCAAGUCGACCACGAUACUCAUGGGAGUGGCACAGCUGUCAUCAACAUUACCACAGUAUGGAUGAAUUUAGCCAUUAUGACUUGCUUGAAGCAAGUUCGCAAAGGAGAGUAGCUGAAGGACACAAAGCAAGUUUCUGUCUUGAAGAUACUUCUUGUGAUUAUGGAUACUAUAGGCGAUAUGCAUGUACAGCGCAUACACAGGGACUCAGUCCUGGCUGUUACGACACAUACAAUGCUGACAUAGACUGCCAAUGGAUUGAUAUUACAGAUGUAAAACCUGGAAAUUACAUUUUGAAGGUUAGUGUAAACCCUAGCUACUUGGUACCAGAAUCAGACUACAACAACAAUAUAGUACGCUGUGAUAUCCGUUAUACAGGCCACCAUGCAUAUGCGUCUGGCUGCACAAUCUCACCAUAUUAAGAUGACAGAAAACUGCUGCAUCAGUGCCAAAGGUUUUGAGAUGAGAUUAUUCUAUAAAUUGAGAUAGGAUGUAAAAACUUUUGAAAACUGCAAAAAAAGGAUGAAAAUAUAUACGAAGAAUUUUAAUGUGACUUUGGAACGUUAAGACCUUUUUUCAUUGUAUUGCAUUCCACUCUUGAGAACAAUGCAAGAUUUAUAUGCAAAAUUUCAAAUUCUACAAGGAUUUAACCCAUUCACAGAAUGCCUUCCUUUUGACUACUGGAAAUCAGUACAUGAUCUGUGAAUGAGCUUUAAAAUGCCAUGUAGAGGGUAUUCAUAUAGGCUGAGAGUCAAUGCGUUAGAUGCACUUUAGGUGCAUCUAAAGGUUUGUGCAUGCCCAGUGGGAUUUAAUACUAUGUUGGAUAGUAGAUUCACCUCUGUCAGAUGACAAGACUGCUUUUGUAUUCUCCUACACUUCAGAAGUUGCUUGCUAUGUGACAAGGUGGGGGCUGCUGUUGAAAGCCUCUUUGGGAUUGUGGGACUAAUUUAACAGUUAAUUGGAUCAUGGCCAUAGAAUACCAACAAAGAGCAUUGGGCAAAAGAGAACAGCAAGGAAACCGAAGCUUCCAUCAUUACAGAAAAAAAUAACUUGAUACAUUUGUCUCAAGGGUAGAAACGUAUUACUUAAUAACUGUUAAUGCUUACUGGAGCAAUGCCUGUGCACCUACGAGGUAUGCACCUCGUAUUAGGUAUACCUUACAUAUGAAACAUGUUUACAUUUUAAAAUGUUUAAAAUAAUUGUUUCAAGCCAAAAGUAUACUAAGAUUUUGACAUAAACCACUUACUCCACAAAAGUAUUAUGAAACACUGAGAUUCCCAUUUCCAGUGCUUGCUGCAAACAGUGCUUUCACACAUUUUCUUAUUUUCUGUGUGGAUGGAAAGAUCUCCGCUGUAGGCAUUUAGGAACGGCUUCCUUUUAUCUGUAACCUCUGCUCAGCUGAAAAAUAGGACUAUGCUUCUAUUUUACAAAGCUGCCAUUUCCCAAUAUUGUUGAUUAUUUCAGGCAAACAAACCUAAGUAAAUAUGUCCCCAGAAGGGACAUAUUUCUGGAUGGUGCAGGAAACUGCAGAAGGAAGGUGAGAUUGUUUUUCCUCACCACAUGCACCACCACAGCCAUAGUCUGGUGCUUUGUUAGUCAAGAUGUCAGUCUUAAUUAGACCCACCUAAAAUAUCACAAAGCAGUGAGCACAUUUUUGAGUUCUCCAGAAGUUUCCUUCAGGUUGGAUGUUAAACAAAACAAUGUGGAGGAAGGGGAGAGAAAAGGCUGGGUGCGAUGGGGAAGCCCCACAGUCUGCCGCUGGAGGGCAGGUAGUGUAAAAUUUAACUGGGUAGUUAUUAAAAACAUUAAAGGGAUUAUAACAGAUUACGGAGUGUCACGAAAGAAGCCUUAAAAAGUAUAGCAUGCAGGUGCUUAAACAGAUACACAUGAACCUAGAGAGUGCUGUACUUUAAAAGAAUUAUAUAAGCAGGCUCCAUAACAAAAGGUACAUAGUACUUAUUGAGGUCAUUCACACAGCCAGGUCAGUGGGCGACGUGGGUUUGGCUUGUUCUACUCACCUUCCCCCCAGAAGACCGAUUACUUCUUUUGGAAGUUUGAACCAUGCUCCCGGAUGAGCUGUGCUGUGUGCCUGCAGCGCGCAGCUCCAGAGGCCAGGACAACACAUCCCGGCCUCCAGAGACCACAAUUCACCGCAUGAGACACACACUGCAUUGGGGGGAUUCUCCCAGGAGAUGGGUGCUCUAGGCGCCCGUCUCUGUGUGCAGCUGGUCUGAAAGCAGCUCGUGCAUGAGCAGCAAGCUUGGGCUAAGGGAGCGCUCCCUUAGCUUCGGCUAACAGCUGGGCUGCAAAGUGCUGACCUGCUGGGAUGGGGCCUGAUCCUGGCAGUUCUCACAUGCAGCCUAACCCUGGCUGGGCAUCACUAGCCUGGGUUAGGUUGCACGUGAGAACAGCCUCACGAUGGCAUUUGCUAUGUGAAUACCUGAGGUAUGAACAUAGACUAUGACUGCCCGUUCAAGAGCCAAACAAAAAAUUAUAACCUAAACUUGUCAGUUGAUUGUAAUAGGUGAGGAAUAAUUCCUGCUACAUAUAAAACCGAAUUCAAAUGGUGAAGUAGGUGGGCUUUUUUGAAACCCAGUUCAAACGAAUGAAGUAGAUUUUCCCCCACAACUGUGAAAUAAUUUCUAACCCAUGGAGUUCUCUUCUCCCAGUCCAGACCACCAGUGAAAGCAACCUAUAAAUACUCAGUUGUUGGCUAUGCUCAGAUAGCUGCUUGAGGCUGCAUUUUGAGCACAUUCCAUGAAUUGCAAAUAUAUAAGAAGUUCUACAUUAAAGCUUAGGGAAUGAGAGAUAGUGUAUGGCAAUUUAUUUUUGGAGACAUUUGACGGCUUGACAGAAUGCAUGUUUUUAGGUUGAUUGGGUGGACUCACAGUCCCCUUGAGUCUCUCAUUCCUGUAAUUUUUGUCUUAAACAUUCAGAUAGAAUGUUUGUCCUAUCUAGGGCCAUAACAUGUCCUCAGCAUGUUCUGGUCAGCCUGACAGGCACCCAUUUCUUCUUUUUCAUUUGCUAGUGGUCCUCCUACCACUGCUUGAGGCUUGGUGACUGUUGAACCACCAGACAUGACUCCCAUAUUGCCAUUCAAUGCCAUGCAUGCACACAUGCUAUAGCCUUUCAUGUGUCAACUGUAACUGUCCACAUGAGAUAAUCAAACAUUCUAUAUAUAUCUGUAUUAUGUAUGACCUUGAAAAAGUGCAGCAUCAGGAUAAAUUGUAGCUGAUACUGUGACUACUGACAAGAGCAGGGACUCAGGAAAGGUAAUGGUGGCAGUUCAAGGGGUAGGGUUGGCCUAAGUAACUCUAACAUACAGGAUCACUAUUCAGGCCUCUGCAACAUCUGAAUAUUUCCCAUUACAAGGUUAUGUUUCCACUUCUUAAAAAGUAGAGAUUAUCUGUUGCAAUUACGAUGUGAACAGGAAUCAUGAUUUGGCAAUUUUUGAGCCAGGCUUUAGUCAAGAUUCAUAUAGCUGAGAUUAGUCUAGUAGGUUAGGAAAUUUCCUUGUGGCUCUUGGAACUUAGGAGGAAUAAGUGUGCCACAUCACUUUGACCUGAAGAAACAAAUCCUUUUGUCUUCCAUCUGGAUAACACAUCAGGCAUUAUCACCUUCACAAAGGCAUUUUCUUGACUGCCUUUUGCUGUUCCAUAAUUUGACUUAUAGCACAGAAAGUUUUGCUACGCCAAGCAUUUCAUGAUCAUGAUUAAUCUAAGAGAUUUCCAAUGGUUAACCAAUAAAUGAGCAUUUUUUUCAGUCAGCCUUUUUGUACAUUCCUGUCAUUUUAGUUGGACAUAACCUGAAGUAUACUCAUUUCAUUGAAAGUGGUCUAGCCUGUGCUUUACAAUACAGCAAACACAUUGUUUUCACAUUCCAGAUACUAAAAAGGUGCUUAAAUGUUUUUAACUUGAAUUGAAAUAAGUUUGCUGUCAGGAAACUUGCAAGCAAUCAAAUGUUACACAAUUUCAGUGAAGUGCUACUUUAACUUCUUGAAGGAAUUUUCAAUAUUUACUACAGUUUUUCAAAGAGCCUUACUUUUGAAACCUAUGCAUCUUUCUCUGAAAUGUUAUUUAUAAUUAUUCAUACACUAGCUUUGUAUUUUUCAUUGCACUUCCAUAUUGUAUUAUGGUUGCAAAUUUAUGUGAAAAUGACCUCAAUAAAAUGUUUCAAGUGCUCA